AUGCAGGUUGUAUAUACGUUGGUGUUCCACCUCUUUUCAAGCAAGUUUGUCUCUGAAAACAACCAGGUUGAGAGAGGGAAACAAGCGCACUAUUGCUAUGAUGAUGAAGCUCUUAAAAAAGUAAUCUCUUCGUUCCCUGGAAACGCAUCCUACAACAUUCAGAGGUUCAAAGGUUUGGGUGAGAUGAUGCCUCUGCAGUUAUGGGAAACAACAAUGAAUCCAGAUACAAGGAUAUUGAAGCAACUAGUUGUUGAGGACGCAGCAGAAACAAAUAUGGUCUUUUCGUCUCUUAUGGGUGCUCGGGUAAGUCAAUGA